CACUUCCGGGAGCCACCCGGGAAGGUGUGUGAGUGUGCGCUUCCGGGUCCUCCAACCUUCCACCGCAUCCUGCAGCCGCACCGCCAGUCUGGAGCGGUGAGCUCGCAAAGGGAGGUCGGCAGCUCACGGGCCGUCGGACCCAGUAUCACCCCCGCCGUUCCCCCACCCCACCAGCCAUGGACCGGGAUCUUCUCCGGCAGUCCCUCAAUUAUCACGGGCCGUCAUUACUGUCUCUGCUCCGGACCGAACAGCAAGAUAACCCGCACUUCCGGAGCCUCCUGGGGGCGGCCGAGCCCGCGCGGGGCCCGCAGCCCCCGCCGCCGGCGCAGGGCAGAAAAGAGAAGAAGGAUGACAACAGUGAAAUACAGACAUUCAUUGCCAAGAAGGCAGAUCUGCUGUUUGCGCUGUCCUGGAAGUCAGAUGCACCAGCAACUUCAGAAUUGUGUGAAGACAACGAAGAUCAUUAUGCAGUCAUUCCACCACUAGAACAAUUCAUGGAGAUUCCUAGUGUGGAUCAGAGAGAACUGUUUUUCCGAGAUAUUGAACGUGGUGAUAUAGUGAUUGGAAGAAUUACUUCCAUUCGGGAAUUUGGUUUUUUCAUGGUGUUGAUUUGUUUAGGCAGUGGCAUCAUGAGAGAUAUAUCCCACUUAGAAAUCACAGCUCUUUGUCCAUUAAGAGAUGUGCCCGCUCAAAGUAACCAUGGGGAUCCUUUAUCCUAUUACCAAACUGGUGACAUCAUUCGAGCUGGAAUCAAGGAUAUCGAUAGAUACCAUGAGAAGCUUGCAGUGUCACUGUAUAGUUCAUCUCUUCCACCACACCUAUCUGGUAUUAAAUUAGGUGUGAUUAGUUCUGAAGAACUUCCUUUGCACUACAGGAGGAGUAUUGAGCUUAAUAGCAACUCAUUGGAAUCCUAUGAAAAUAUCAUGCAGAGCUCUUUGGGAUUUGUUAAUCCAGGAGUAGUUGAAUUCCUUCUAGAAAAACUUGGAAUAGAUGACUCCAACCCACCAUCUUUAAUGAGAGGUCUGCAAAGCAAAAAUUUCUCUGAAGAUGAUUUUGCUUCUGCAUUAAGAAAGAAACAGUCAGCAUCUUGGGCUUUAAAAUGUGUGAAAAUUGGAGUAGACUAUUUCAAGGUUGGACGCCAUGUGGAUGCUAUGAAUGAAUACAAUAAGGCACUGGAAAUAGACAAACAAAAUGUGGAAGCUUUGGUAGCUCGUGGAGCAUUAUAUGCAACUAAAGGAAGUCUGAGCAAAGCUAUAGAAGAUUUUGAACUUGCACUGGAAAACUGUCCAACUCACAGGAAUGCAAGAAAAUACCUCUGCCAGACACUUGUGGAAAGAGGAGGGCAAUUAGAAGAAGAAGAAAAGUUUUUAAAUGCUGAAAGUUACUAUAAGAAAGCUUUGGCUUUGGAUGAAACUUUUAAAGACGCAGAGGAUGCUUUGCAGAAGCUUCAUCAGUAUAUGCAGAAAUCUUUGGAAUUAAGAGAAAAACAAGCUGAAAAGGAAGAAAAACAGAGAACAAAGAAAAUAGAAACAAGUGCAGAAAAGUUGCGUAAGCUCUUAAAAGAGGAGAAAAGGCUAAAGAAAAAAAGAAGAAAAUCGACGUCUUCCUCCUCGAGUGUUUCUUCUGAUGAUGAGUCAGUUUCUUCAUCAUCCUCAUCCUCUUCCGAUCAUAAGAGACAUAAGAAACAUAAGAAGAACCGUUCAGAGUCAUCUCGCAGUUCCAAAAGACAUUCUGCUAGGGCAUUCUCAGAUCAGGUAGAUCAGAACAGAAAUGAUGACUCCUUCCCAGUUCCAGCCAAUACUUCAGCAUCUUUUCUUAACCAAAAACAUGAAGUGGAAAAACUACUAGAAAAGCAGGAUAGGCUACCAUAUCAAAAGAAACAGGUAAAAGAGAAAGAUAGAAGCUCUCUAUCUUCUUCAUCAGUUGAAAUUCCAGAAGAUUUUGGAGGUCCGUCUGAAGAUCCAAGAGAUUUGUGUAAUAGCUAUAAAACUCAAGCAGGUAGUAGCAAAUUGGAAAAGCCAUAUAAAUCAGAAAGACAUUUUUCUAGUAGAAGAGAUUCCUCAGAGUUCUGCUACAGAAAUUCAGAGGACAAGAUAAAAAUUCAUGGUUAUAAAAGAUUUGAAAAGGAUAAUGCAGGAGGAAGAAAAGAGUAUUAUAGAGAGUGGGAGCCAAACUCCAUCAGGUGUUCCUCUUCCCCAACAAGCUCAGACUACCCUUGGAAGUCAGCUGAAAGAUGUAAAAAAUACCCCUCUUCUGGAUCACGUGAUUUCAGUAAACAUGGACAGAGGCAUCGAUUAAAUAAAGAUGAGCAAUAUGAAAGAGAGGAUCAUUCUGAGGAAGAUACUAAAGCAGAGGCUCCAGAAGAUGAACUAAAUAGCAAAGAGCAACCAGAAAGUGGAGUUAAAAAAAAAUUACCUCAAAAUUUGCUCAAUAUAUUUCAUCAGAUAGCUGCAUUUGAGAAAGAAAAAGGAAAUAAGCCAAAAAGUUAAUGUGUCAAGGAAAUUGACACUAGAUGAACAAACUAAAGGCUGUUGAAAGUCUUGGAACUUUGAGUCAUAACAGCAUAUUACAGAAGGCAAAUUCUUUUUAGCUUUUCUCAAAAUUCAUUUCAGUUGUAGGGUCUCCUUUUCACAGCUUGAUUUUUUUUAAAACUUUUCAUGUGUAUAUGUACAGUAUUUCUUAACUUUCUUUAAAAUUCAGUGCUUAGAGGUCAUCUCAAAUUGUUUUUUCAUUGUAUACUGUCUCAGUAUUCUGGAAUCCACCUUAUCCUGCUGUUUGAGAAUUAAAUUUGUGUAUUAAGCAUUUGAAAUCUUCUCAUCAAAGAUUACUUCAUUUUCUUCUGUUAAAAGCCUUUGGCUUAUGAAAGAAUCUAUUUUCAGAUGCUCCUUUAAUAGGUUUUUUAAUGCUCAUUCUUUAAAAGUUGUCUUUUUUUUUGUGCACAAUUUAUAUUUUUAAAGUGAUAGCAUAUUAUCUUUCUUGUUUAAUUGGCUUCUUGGUUUUAAUUUUAAAGCAGUUUGAGUAUAGUCAUUAGUUUCUACCCAGCUUAAUCAAGUACUUUAGGAAUAAAGCCGUGAAAGUUGAA